AUGCGGCCGUGGAACGCCGAUGAAUGGGGUGCCUUCGUAUCGUGGUUCAUUCUCAGUCACCUUGUCUGGAUCCUUGUAGGGACCACUACAUUCUUUUCCCUUCUCAUCUUUUCCAUCAACACCGUCUUUGCACAGGAAACCUUGGCAUCAUGGAUUGGCGAUUACCUAACUCAAUCCGCCGGCGUUACCGUUGUGUUUGAAUCUGCCAUUGUUCCGAAAUGGAAGGAUGGCGUGAUUUCGCUUCGCAAAGUGUCGGUGUCACGUCGACCGGGCCAAGUUCAGUCGUCGGUAAGCAAAGGGUCGGCGGCGGUGGCGGCGGCAGCGGCCGAGCACUCGGCAGCGGCCGAGCACUCGGCAGCCGACUACCAUGAGGAACACGAGGAGGUGGUGGACGAUGGAAACUACACGCAGUUCGAUCUGACUAUCAACACCGUCAACGGCAUCCGCGGCGAGGUUGAUCGUCGACACGUAGUCUGGGCCGAGGACGAUCUCAACCCGCUGUCGUACCGGCAUGAGCACCAACCGGGCGACUUUGAGCUUGAUUACUUCAAGCUCGACGACCUCAAGCUAGACGAUCUUGUCACUUCGAAUAGGAUACGGCUACUUCGGAAGGCGGGAAUCGAAGACGAGCCCGAGGUCGAGGCCCUACCAUGGGACACGCAGAAUACCGAUAGGCUAGGUGCCCGCAUCCCGCAAGAGCUCAUUCCGGAGAAGGACCAGUCGGAGCCUACGGCGGCGGAGGAUCGCCGCUAUCUCGUGUUUGACCUCCGGAUCCGACUCAACGACGCGCUGGUGCGUCCGAUUGUGGCGUACAUCAACUCGCGCCGCACAUAUAUACCCAUCACGUGCCGGUUUGCGAAGCGGCAGUCCGACUUUGACGGGAGCUGGACAACAUUUGACUCUGGCCUCAUGGACGAUCUCUCUGCGGAGACGUACACGGCGUUUGCGCUCAAUGUGGAAAACCACCAGAAUCGAAUCCGCCGGCUGAAGAAGGUUGGCGGCUGGACCCUGUCCCUCUUGAUCCAUGUCAUCUGCGGCGGCAUGGCGGGGACCCUGGUCUAG